AUCGUCUUAAAAAUGCAAAACAAAAAAGUUACUUGAGCACAAAAAUAAACGACAACUAACCCCUGUUUGGGUUAUUAAUAGUACAAAUUGGGCAGCAACUGUCCAAGAGCAUCGAUAAGGUCAAAAAAUGUUGAUAUUUCGAACGUUACGAGCUCGAAACAAAGUUUUGUGGAAGUAUGGAAAAUUAUUGCUCGAGUCACAUCGCAUGUCUUCAACGUAUAACAUCGUUUUGUAUCGAGAACUUUAUCACCAAAACUCGGAUUAUGACUUGCGAAGGCCUAUCGCGAAACUGCUGCAAGGUUUGGGCAUCGACACUGGACUAAAACUCGAAAGUAUCAACAAAAAUCAAAUUGACGGCUUGUUACUGGAAGCGAUGAUCAACGAGGAUCGCGAUGCAAUUUUCUAUAUUUUACAAGAAGCCCACAAAAAUCAUUUAAUUUCGAAACCGAGCCAAUAUUGCCUGGAAAAAAUCAUGAUAACUUACAUCAAGGACCGUCCUUUGCUCAAAAUCUUCUUCAAUUCAAGGCAGGAUUGGAUGGAACCGUAUUUUGUAGCAAAUAAUUGGUACUUGGGUAAUUUUCAGUUGGCGGGACAGCAAUUUCGGGAGCUUUUUUUCGCGGGAGACGAAAAACAAAAAAUGAGAAUUCAUUUUUUGCUGAAUAAAAUCACACUUGAGACUGUCGGUUACAAAAGCGAGGCACAACUUGUCGUUCUUGCAUCGCUCGCGGAAUAUUUCGUCUGUAUUUUUGACUGUUAUCGACUGUUGUUUCACGUGUGGCGCAUUGCCUUCAAAAGUACCUGGUACAGUGAUCAGUGCCUCGCCAAGGAAUUGUACAAAAAUUAUCCCGGAUUGCGAAUUCACUUGCAAGAUAUCGUCGUGGUGGCGAAAUAUUUCAAGUGGCUGCUGAAAAUAGACGAACUCGAUGCGGCACAUCGUUUGGUGCAAUUGUUUCUGGAGUACGAGGAACGAGAUUUGUCGCGACUUUGUGUCAGUUUGUUGUUUGAAUAUCAUUUCUUGCGGAAGGAUCUGGGAGCUUGUUCGGAAAUUAUGAAAUUUUGCAUCAAAAGUGAUUUGCACUUGAGUGAUAUGCACGAAGGACAGUUGCUGGAUUUGUUGCUUGGCACCGAUGAACGACCAGUGAUGAAGCAGAAAGAAAUUCAAAAGACGAAAGAGCCCAAACUUAAAUUUUAGUCUGAAACUGUGUUACCUCUUAGCUAUGAAUUAUAUAUUAAUAAUAAAAAAAUUAGA